AUGGCUUCCAUCGCAAGGACAUUCAGACCGCUCGCGCGCGCAGCAACGAGCUCAUCCCGCACGCUGCGGCCAGCAUUCGCGCGGACCUCCCCGCAGACAAGAUGUCUCUCAGCAACAAUGCCCCGACGCGAGGUCGACAUUGCAGAUAUACCGCCCACGCCUAUCUCCCAUCUCUCCGAAACCGAAUUGCUCAUGGCUGACUCGGUCCAAAAGUUCGCCAACGAUGCUAUCCUGCCUAAAGUGCGGGAUAUGGACGAGGCCGAGAUGAUGGAUCCGGCAGUGGUAGAGCAGCUGUUCGAGCAGGGACUUAUGGGCAUCGAGAUACCCGAAGAGUACGGCGGCUCCGGCAUGAACUUCACAUCGGCCAUCAUUGCCAUUGAGGAGCUUGCGCGGAUAGACCCCAGUGUCAGUGUCCUGUGCGAUGUACACAAUACUUUGUGCAACACUGCCAUACUCAAGUAUGGCUCGGAGAAGUUGAAUAAGAAGUGGCUACCGAAGUUGGCCACGGAUACUGUCGCUUCUUUCUGCCUCUCAGAACCCGUGUCAGGAUCCGACGCUUUCGCUCUCGCGACCAAAGCCACGCGGACAGAGAACGGGUACAAGAUCAACGGCGGCAAGAUGUGGAUAACAAACAGCUACGAAGCCAACUUCUUCAUCGUUUUCGCCAAUCUCGAUCCAAGCAAAAAGUACAAGGGCAUCACAGCCUUCAUUGUGGAGAAGGGUACACCCGGCUUCGAGAUCUCCAAGAAGGAGAAGAAGCUCGGCAUCAAGGCUAGCAGCACAUGCGUCAUCACCUUUGACGAUGUCGAGAUCCCCAAGGAGAACCUGCUCGGCAACGAGUUUGAGGGAUAUAAAUAUGCGAUUGGCCUUUUGAACGAAGGUCGCAUUGGCAUUGCUGCGCAAAUGACCGGCCUUGCUCUUGGUGCUUGGGAGAAUGCAGCAGGUUACGUUUGGAACGACCGCAAGCAGUUCGGCCAGUACGUUGGCGAGUUCCAGGGCAUGCAGCACCAGCUCGCCCAAGCCUGGACCGAGAUUCAGGCUGCACGAGCCCUUGUCUUCAACGCGGCCCGCAAGAAGGAAGCUGGCGAAGACUUUGUCAUGGAUGCGGCGAUGGCUAAGCUGUACUCUUCGCAAGUUGCCGGCAAGGUUUCAGGCCAGGCUGUGGAGUGGAUGGGCGGCAUGGGCUUUGUAAGAGAAGGUCUGGCAGAGAAGUUCUUCCGCGACAGCAAGAUCGGUGCCAUCUACGAGGGAACAAGCAACAUCCAGUUGACGACCAUCGCGAAACAAUUGCAGAAGACGUACACGCGGUAA